GUUUUGUUUAACUGCAUUUCAUGUGAAUCUCAAACUUUGUGUCAUUUUCCUGCAGACGGUUUGAAGCUGAAAUAAAGAGCAGAAGAGAUGGCUGUGGUUAGUGGAACUUACCGUAUGGUGUCGGAGGAGGAGCAGGCUCUCAGGGCCAAGCUGGAACGUCUCACCGUUAAGGACCACGGGCCAGUGUUUGGACCCUGCGCCAGCCUGCCAGACCACACCAAGCAGAAGGCCAAGGACGAGCUGAACGAGACAGAUGAGAAGAGGGCGGCUGCGGUGAAGGAGCUGAGAGGGAUGAUCAAGGAGAAAGCAGAUGGAGGAGAUGAUCUGGCCAAAGGGGUGAUGGACACAUUUGGAGAGAAACCAGACGGCAUGUUGGUCCGUUUUAUCCGAGCCAGGAAGUACGACGUGAACAGAGCCUACGACCUCAUGAAGGGCUACGUGCGUUUCAGGAAGGAUUACCCCGAGCUGUUUGAGAAUCUGACCCCAGAAGCCGUACGCAGCACCAUCGAGGCUGGAUAUCCCGGCAUCCUGCCCAGCAGAGACAAGUACGGCCGCGUCGUGCUGCUCUUCAACAUUGAGAACUGGGACUACGAGGAGAUCACCUUUGAUGAGAUCCUGCGUGCCUACUGUGUGAUCCUGGAGAAGCUCCUGGAGAACGAGGAGACUCAGAUCAACGGUUUCUGUAUUAUUGAGAACUUUAAGGGCUUCACCAUGCAGCAGGCAUCGGGAAUCAAACCCACCGAGCUCAAAAAGAUGGUGGACAUGUUGCAGGACUCUUUCCCCGCCCGUUUCAAAGCUGUGCACUUCAUCCACCAGCCCUGGUACUUCACCACCACCUACAACGUGGUCAAACCUCUCAUGAAGAGCAAGCUGCUAGAGAGAGUGUUUGUCCACGGAGACGAGCUGGAGAACUACUACAAGGAGUUUGACGCUGACAUCCUCCCCGCUGAGUUUGAUGGAAAGUCUCCCAACUACGACGGAAAAGCCACAGCAGCCAAGCUCUUUGACUAAACAGCCUCCUGUUCACGCCAAUGUUGAGGAGAGAGCGCCUUUAUAUAUUUGACAAAAACCCCACAGGCUGUGGAGAGUCGAAGCCCAACCUAGCUGUGUGGUUGUAGGAAAACAAAGCUAUGAAUGAAAGACGGGGUGAGACAUUUAAGUGGUGUAGUUUUCUAGAGGUCCAGACAAAGCACAGACACAGGAUGAGACAGACUUCAUGAUGACACUCUGCAGAGGUUUACAGUUAAGUGCUUUGGUUUUGGCAGCAUUUUAGCACUGCUUCAUACAGAGCAUAAUCGCUGACAGAUUGUAACUUUUACUUUACAUGUUUUCUGAUUGUUUUCAAAGAGAGAUUAAGACCAGAAUGUGGUAAAAUCAUCCUUUUAAGUGAGAAAAUCGCCAAUAUGUUGGUGCUUUUUCUUCUCUUCCUCAUCUGUGUCAUUGACAUUUGACAACAGCUCUCCUUUCAUUCAUAAAGAGAGCAAAUACUCAAUAUUCUCUAUGAUGUGCAUUACUUUACAGCCAGCAUAAACAAAGUCACAUGUCCAUGAUGGUGGUGGUAAGCAUAUCUAAAGGAUAUUUAAAGUCUCUUAGGUGAUUUUUAUACCAAACAUAGUUGAAUGGAGGCAAGAGGCUGUCCUGGAGGCAGUGGUUGCUUUGAAAUAACAGAGUUUGGGAAACAUUCAGCCAUACUGUAAAGUUAAAUGUGAUUCUUGAAGGUUUACAAGCAGCAUUUUAGUAAGAAAAAAGUGAUUAAAUCACUCUUUUAAACCACAGGCUGACCUACAGAGAGAUAAAUAGGUGGAAAAUAUCAUUAAGCAUUGAAAACAGACUGAAACUCUGCCCCCUGUCUGUUAUUUGUGCUUCGUUUGGACCAGAGUCCACCCACACAGCUUGUUAUUACACUGGCAGGCUCCAGAUUUUAAAGUUACCCCCCCUCCCCAUCUCUCCUUUAUGUACGAGGCUGAAAUUCCAACAAGUGCCUGUCUCUCAUGUGUUUUUUAGAUUGUUCUUCAAUAUGAAUAUUAUGAAGUUUUACCCACUGUGCUACCUGGUGCACCAACAAGAAUGUCAACAAAUGUACAAUAAACUGUAUAUAAAUACC